GAUCAGAAGAAUGUACUUUACUAAUGUAGGAAUGGAAUUAGGUGUAGUUCUAAAAAAAUUGCUAAGGGUUAUACGUGCUUAAUUACGCCAGCAAUACAGAAACCCGCCCUUCAGCGCGACUCUGUCAGCCGAAUGAGACUGAGCUGCUCUGGGUGAAAGGCAAGAGGAAAUGCCAUGCCAUCGCCCCGGUGCUCAAAUUUCUCUACGUGAAGACUGCUGUUAAAGGAGCCGUUACUACCUCCAUCUUGCGCUCUGUUUUGUUUAUAUGGUUAUAUGGUGCGAUGUGUGAGACAACACUUGUGUUACCUUAGCGUUUGCUUAAUCGACUGUAUCCUGAAACUGCUCCCACCCGGAGAGUCUCCUCCUACCGCUGACCUGACAGUCCCCGCAGACAGACCCACGGUGCUGGCGUGGAUGCCUGAAAAUGUGCUGAAAAGGGGUAUAACAAUCAUACUUUAUUCGGAUGAUAUAGAAUAUGCAAGAAUGUGUUGCCCUGAUCUUCAUCUGCCGCUGAGAGCCCAAAGCUCCCCGGAUCAAGUGGAAAAGCCCAGGUGGUACUGACUUGGUUACCAUCAGAUUGGAAAAUAUGGCACCUCAGCAACCUUCCAGCAUGGAGGAGCAGUCGGGGGGGCUAUGUGAGCCUGAAUCUGAGGAGGGAGAAAAACAAGGACCAGGACCCCCUUCUGAUCAAGCUCAUCCAGUUGCCUAUGAUGCUCCAGAUGGAGGCUGGGGCUGGGUGGUCCUGGUGGCUACCAUCCUUGUCUUAGCUCUGACACUGGCCUUCCCUUCCUGCAUUGGCAUCUUCUACUUAGAUCUUCAGGAAGAAUUUCAAGCCAGUAAUAGUGAGACGUCUUGGGUGCCAUCGAUAAUGACAGCAGUUCUGCACGCUGGAGGUCCUCUGUGUAGUGUUCUGGUGGAACGCUUUGGUUGCCGGGCGACAGUGAUGUUUGGGGGAGUCCUGAGUGGUUUUGGGAUGGCGGUCAGCUCUUUCUCACAUUCCAUCGUUGACUUAUACAUCACCACUGGGGUCAUCACAGGUCUGGGUUUCUGUUUCAGCUUCCAGCCUGCUGUCACAAUACUUGGCCACUACUUUGUGCGCCGUCGUCCGUUUGCCAAUGCAAUGUCCUCCACUGGUACUGCUCUGGGUCUGUGUACAUUGCCCUUUUUAGGUGACUAUCUGCACAGCAUGCUGGGCUGGAGAGGGAGCUUUCUGGUUCUUGGUGCUGUGCUGCUCAACUGCUGUGUUUGCGGAGCCGUUAUGAGACCGGUCAGGCCUCGCAAGCCCAGAAAGACAGAGGUGAUGAGCAACGGUGCCAGACCCCCAGGCAAAAAGAGAUGCACGCUGGGGAUCUUUCAGAGUUUAGCAUCGUCCCUCAGAAAACACAUGGCCUUUGACCUCUUCUGUAGUAACCUGCGUUUUCGGGUGUUUUCACUGGGCAUCACUUGGAUGAUGCUGGGGUUUGUGGUGCCGCUUAUUUACCUGGUCCCGUACGCAUCAGCUCACAAAAUGGAUCCAAGCAGAGCUGCCCUGCUGCUCUCCAUCCUGGGCUUUGUCAACAUCAUUGUGCGGCCUACCGUUGGAGUGCUCUUCAGUCUGCCCUGGUUUAAAGGUCGGCAUAUCUAUGUUUUCUCAGCCGCACUUCUAAUAAAUGGACUCAGUAAUAGUAUUUGCUGCAUUUCUGCAAGUUUCACAGUGCUGUUAAUGUAUGUGCUGGCGUACGGACUGUCCAUGAGCGUGGUAGGCUCGCUGAUGUUCACCGUCCUGAUGGACACAGUGGAGAUGAGCCGAUUCCCAUCUGCGCUCGGCCUGUUGUCUAUCAUGGAAAGCGUUACGCUCCUGAUAGGACCUCCUCUCGCAGGAAUCCUUGUGGACCGUACUGACCAGUACACAUACGUGUUCCUGGCCUGCAGCAUCUCAGUGGCCUUAUCAGCUCUGUUCCUUAUGGUUUCCUUUUACUGGCUGGAUUCCCGUGAUGCAGCCCUGAAGAACAGUUCACCAGCAUCUGGGUCUCCAGCUGAGCCUGCAAUCAAUUUGCCCAUGGACAGUAGUGUACCUACAGAUGGGGACACGACUAAUAACCUAUCAUCACAGGCAGAAAAAAAUCACAAAUGUAUGACCUGAGUUAUUUACCGUAUUUUUCGGACUAUAAGUUGCACCUGAGUAUAAGUCGCAUCAGUCCAAAAAUACAUCAUGAUGAGGAAAAAAACAUAUAUAAGUCGCACUGGACAAUAAGUCGCAUUUAUUUAGAACCAAGAACCAAGAGAAAACAUUACCGUCUACAGCCGCUAGAGGGCGCUCUAUGUUUUCAGUGUAGACUACAGGAGCACUGCGCCGCAUAGUGCGCCCUCCGGCGGCUGUAGACGGUAAUGUUUUCUCUUGGUUCAUGUCUCUUAGUUCAUUUCUCUUGGUUCAUGUCAAAUUAAUUUUGAUAAAUAAGUCUGACUAUAAGUCGCAGGACCAGCCAAACUAUGAAAAAAAGUGUGACUUAUAGUCCGGAAAAUACGGUAUGUCCUUGUAAUCGGGAUCUGUAUCAGGUACAAAAAUAUGUUUCUUUGCCGUUUAUUAGUAUCAUAGAAUGUGCUAUUUAUAACUAUGUUAUUUCAACAUCAAACCCUGUUUUUUUGUAUGUUGUUAUCUGACACUGGCUUUUGCAAACAUCCUGGUCUCACAUCACGGUUCGCCUUCUAGAGCAUAGAGAGCCACAGAGACAUCCGUUAAUACAGUCCUUUGAAUUCAAGUAAAUAAUAUAAACGCUACUUCAUUCCUGAUCUAAAUGACAGAAUGCUUUAGUUCUUUGCCCAGAAAAUUAAGCUAAUUCAAGUCAGGAAAUAUUGAGCAUUGUGACCGAUUUGAUUCAUCUCAUGCUUGUAAUAUUAAGUUUGCUAGUUACACUACUGUUUGACAGUUUGAGGUUGAUAAGAUCUUUGAAGAUGUCUCAUAUUCUCACAGAGUCUGCUUUUAUGUGAUUAAAAAUAUAGUAAAAACAGUAAUAUUGUGAAACAUUAUUACCAUUUCAAAUAUCUGUUUUUCUAUUAUAUCUAAAGAUGUCAAUUAUUUCUGUGAUGGUAAAGCUGAACUUUAUCAGCCAUUACUCCGGUCUUCAGUGUCACAUGCUCAGGAAACAUUUAUUAUUAUUUAUUAUUAUGUCAUGCUGCUUAAUAUUCUUAUGAAAACCAUAAUACUUUUUUAUUUUAAUUUUAAUAAAUAGAAAGUUCAAAAGAACAACAUUAAUUUUAUUUAUUUAUAAAUUCCUUUACCAACACUUAAUUUAAUGCAACCUUGCUGUAUAAAAGUAUUAGUUUCUUAAAAUAUGUUACUGACCCCAAACAUCACACUGUGUUGUUUUUAGACACUUUUUGUGUCAUGAGACUAAGCACUGAAAGACCUGACCCUUAAGGAAGAUUGUUGGUCAGUUCCCAAAGGGUAGGAAAGGCACCGUAUAAUAAAUCAGUAGAAAAUGGUUUUGUUAUUAUUGCACAUAGGCUCUUAAGGUUUUCUCAGUCCAUGUACAGACAUAAUUUAACCAAGAUAUAUUUCAUAUUCAGACUUGAUUUCUGGUUCUCAGUGUGUGCUUGAGUAUGACUAAUCUUAAAUAUGUGCCCUUGGGUUGGUUGGUUUGUUAGGAUUAGUACUGAAUAAGAUUGUAUUUGAACUGAAGGUGCAGAGUGUGCAGCAGUGUCAUGAAUUAUUAUUCACUGCUGAACAGAACAAGUGUCAUAUUUCACUUCGUGCUGAUUUAUAUUUAAACUCCUCCUGUACACUCUUGCUGGUUGCUGUGUAGAUGCUCUGUUGUGUUGUUACUUUGCCAAAGCAAAUGACCAGCUUAUAUAAGCGGAAAGGGCUAUGAUUACCCCCUAGAGAGUCAUUUAUACAAUGUAUAAUAAAAACUAUAAACUAGAAUAAAAAAAAAGAAAAUUCUGUACUCAGUUUAAAUUUAAUAAUAAAGAUGUAAGCAGAAACAUUA